AUGCUAGAACUGCUUUACACGACAGUAUUUCAUUCCAAAUAUGGAGACAGCACAAUGCUCCAAGAGCUGAACCUGACAGAGAUGUCUCUGAGAACAAUCUCCCUACAACAGCAAAGCCAUCCUGAAACCUACAACUUCACAGCCAUGCGUCUGGUUUCAAAGGGGCCGUUGGCCCAGCCCCCUGGGCCCCUGAGUUGCGGUAGCCUGCCGCUGGAGAGGCUGUUCACCUGGGGCGGGCCCUUGCAGACCUUUCUCAAGCGCCAGGCGGGGUCUGAAGCCCAUUUGAAGGUCAGGAGGCAUGAGUUGUUGGCGGUGGUCAAGCUGCUGAACGAGAAGGAACAGGAGCUGCAGGAGACCGAGCACUUGCUGCAUGAUGAGGAUGAAGAUUUAAGGAAACUUGCAGAGAAUGAAAUAACUCUGUGUUAUAAAAAGAAAGAACCAGUUGAAGCAUCAGAAGAAACAGAUGAAAAUGAUUUGUUCCUGGAAGUAACCGCAGGAGUUGGAGGUGGCCUCAGACAUGCAUCUGCCAGCAUUGGGGGUUCAGAAGCCUAUAGGGACAUGAAAUUUGAAGGUCGUGUGCGCAGAGUACAAAGAGUGCCAAAGACAGAAAAGCAAGGCCUCAUCCAUACUAGCACCAUGACUGUAGCAGUAUUGCCCCAGCCUACUGAGAUUAAUCGGGUGAUUAAUCUGAAAGAUUUGAGAAUUGACACUAAGCAAGCCAGUGGAGCUGGGGGGCAGCAUGUAAAUACCACGGACAGUGCUGUCCGGCUAGUUCAUCUUCCAACAGGAAGAAGAAAAGGGAUGAGAAGGAAAAGGAGUGUUUCUGAAUGUCAGCAAGAGAGAUCUCAACUGAAAAAUGAAGAGCUGACUAUGAAAAACUUAUGUGUAAAACUAUACAACAUGUAUCUAGAAGAAGAAAUGUAUAAAAAACACAGGGCUAGAAAAAUUCAGACUGGAAGUAAAGGAAGAUCAGAGAAAAUAAGAACCUAUAAUUUUCCACAGAACCAGGUCUCAGAUCACAGAAUAAGCAAGUCACUGCAUGAUCUUGAAACUUUUAUGCAAGAAGAUUAUCUACUGGAUGAACUUGUUUGGUCAUUAAAGGAAUAUGCUGAUUAUGAAUCUUUAGUAGAAAUUAUUUCCCAAAAAGUUUAA